CAAAGUGGUAUGUGACUGUUGUGGUCUGAAUCUUCCGACCAUGCUGCUCUUCCUUCGACUAUUACCCGCCCUUCUAUGGAUCCAAGCAAUCUGUGCUAUUCCUCCAAGCCCCAAUGCCAGACCUGACUAUGUGCUUGUUGCGACGGCGAAGAACCUCGCCAUUAAUUGCCAGAGGCGGUACUCGGUGGUGAUCAAUGGCACAAGUCCAGGGCCGACACUUUAUUUGAAGGAGAAUUUCACCACAUGGAUCAGAGUGUACAAUAGGAUUCCCGACCAGAAUCUUACUGUGCACUGGCACGGGUUGAGUCAACGAACGUCUCCCUUCUCAGAUGGGACACCUGAGGUCUCACAGUGGCCGAUCGCUUCGAAUGAGUUCUUCGAUUAUAGUGUGACACCCGCAGUCGGUGAUGCAGGAUCAUAUUUCUACCAUUCGCACAUCGGAUUCCAGUCCAACACGGCGCAGGGGGUGGUCAUCGUCCAGGACCAAGGAAAGGUCCCCUACGAUUACGACGGCGACAAAUCCUUCUUCAUCCAGGACUAUUUCCCCAGCAACGACAGUACCAUCUUCAAUGGUCUAAUUGCCAACCCGUUCAAAUGGUCUGGCGAGCCAGAAGCUAUAUCGAUCAACAGCUUCAGUGGUAACUCCUCCUUCAGUAACGCGACGGACGCGACGUGUACACCGUAUGUCGUCAACGUCUCACCAGGGACGACGUACAGGUGGCGGUUCAUCAGUGCCACUGCGCUCUCACUGGUCACUCUUGGUAUCGAGGAACACAAGAACCUGACAAUUAUCGAAGCGGACGGCGAAUACACCAAACCUUGGAGGACCGAUCAUCUCCAACUCGGCAGUGGUCAACGGUUCAGUGUGCUCUUCAAGACAAAGACGCAAGCUGAGCUCGACGCGGCCAACAAGACCAGCUUCUGGCUCUGGUACGAGAGUCGAGACAGGCCCACAAACGUGUCCGGUUAUGCUUUGCUGCAGUACAAUGUCAGUGGAUCGAAGCAGCCUUCCCUGUUACCUGAAACUCCUCCCAUCACUCUCCCGACGAAUGUGACGACUUGGGCCGAAUAUGCACUUGAAGCACUGCAUCCACAGGAAGCUUUUCCAAAGCUAUCCGAGGUGACGCGGACGGUGUAUAUCACCAUGCAGCAGCAGAUGAAGGUGGGAUCGUACGUGAAUGGGACUAUCAAUGGCACCCUGCAGUGGGCACAAGACAAUCUCAUUUGGCAGACAGCGCAACGACAAUCCAACAACAGCCUCCCGUACCUCGUACAGGUGUACUUGACUGGUCAGACUCCCAAUUACACGGCAGCCGUCGAGAACGGAGGCUGGGAUCCAUACUCAAAUGCCUUCCCUGCGUUACCUGGAGAAGUUCUCGACAUUGUUUGGCUGAGUAAUUCCGGUCCGACUGGUGGCUGGGACUUUCACCCCAUGCAUGCGCAUGGCAAGCAUUAUUUUGACCUUGGCUCUGGUAACGGGACAUACAAUGCCACGGCAAACGAGGUCAAGUUUGCAAAUUAUACCCCUGCACGACGCGAUACGACGAUGCUGUAUCGGUAUGCCGUCUCGGGCCUUCCGGAGACCACGGCCGGAUGGCGAGCAUGGCGAAUCAGAGUGACCGAGGAUGAUGUUGGUGCUUGGAUGAUGCAUUGCCAUGUUUUGCAGCAUAUGAUAAUGGGUAUGCAAACUGUUUGGGUGUUUGGGAAUGCCAGCUCGAUAUUAUCCAAGUUUCCAACCCAACCAUAUGUGAAUGGCUAUUUGAACUUUGGUGGAGAUGCGUAUGGAAAUGAUACUUACGACCCAUUGGUGAAUCUAUACUCGACCACGUAAGGAUACCUUGAGCAUAUUGUCAAAGAGAGGCGCAGAGUACUG